CAAGAUUUUGUGACACUCUAAUGUAAAGCUGCACGAAGAAUAUAUAAAUAUUAGAUGGACCAGCAAGAAGAACACUAAUGACUCUCCAAUAUUGGGCCUUAAAUAUUGUAAAUUGGCCCACCAUCAUACCCUCUCUAUCUGCUCCAAUUAACUCGUUAAAUAAGAAAAACUGAUUUCCUCCUAUCACUCUCUGUCUCUCACACUCAUCUAAUCUUAAAAUCCAUCUCCGAGAACGGUGGAGAUAUGUAUAGCUCCCUUGAAACGACGGCUCCGGCCACGUUGUCACCGCGAGUUCGUAAAACAGGACCAUGGGAGAAAGACAUGUCAAUUACAGGAGGAGACAAACUAAUACUAAAAGGGUUAAAGUUUUACGGUUACCAUGGAGCGAUACCAGAAGAGAAGACUCUAGGGCAAAUGUUUCUCGUUGACAUUGAUGCGUGGGUGAGUCUGAAAAAGGCUGGUGAAUCAGAUAACUUAGAUGAUACUAUCAGCUAUGUUGACAUUUUCAGGUUCUUAGCUCUUUACCAAUACCCACUUAUCCAUGUUCCAUCAUUACAUAUAGUUAUAUGGUUUGAUUUUUGGCUUUGCAGCAUAGCUAAAGAAGUUGUAGAAGGGUCAUCAAGAAACCUUCUGGAGACAGUCGCGGAACUCAUCGCGUCCAGAACGCUUGAAACGUUUCCUAGGAUAACCGCUGUAAGGGUGAAUGUGUCGAAGCCAAAUGUUGCACUUAUCAAGACUACUAUUGAUUACUUAGGAGUUGAGAUUUUCCGACAGCAGAAGUAUUGAUUCA